AUGAUGCUAUCUGACCCGCAUUCGGAGGUGACUGAGUUUACCAUCUCUGUUUCACGUCCUUGUGACAGUCAUUCUGCAUUGGAUUUUGCAUAUCAUGCGUCGUAUAGGCGUUCUAGGUAUGGGCGGGGACUGCGGGUCGGUGGCAGGGAAAGGAGCACUUCUUGGGCCAUAUAUGCUAAUUGUUUGUUAAUAGACUUCAAGAGCUAUGAUGUGUUCUAUCUUCCAUCCAAAUUAGAAAUUAACACAGAGGAAAAAGUGCAGAUCAAUGUGAGAGUUGCGUGCCCCCUUCCGCCCACUCCCCCCACCCCCACCCUCGCGAGUGACUUGGCCGUGACAGCAUGGGUGCAGGACGACCAUACUGCCUCAGUCACGCUCAAGACACGCUCGUGGAAAGACGUACUUCACCCUCGGUUGUGUUUCUGGCGCACCGACCUCGUGAAUGCGAACGCUUACCGCCUGGAGGUACCCUGGCGCACGAACGAUUAUAUUGGUGAUUCAGUUUCAGUCUUCUGUCGACACGGAUUAGUUUCACAGAUAUUUGCAGUUAUUGUAUGCUGGUCGGGAAAUAAUUGUAUGACCUCGAAAACUACGAAAGAUAAACUCCUAAAACCGAAGCUCUCCGCCAUGGCACUCCAAUGCCGGCAUCUGUUAGUGGCACUGGUCCUGCUCGCCCCGGCCCCUGCCUGCGCCAAGUUUUACAUCGGCCGUUACAAAACAGUGCCUGUGCCUGUUGCAAGCAGCCGGAACGAGAACAGUGCCGCAGAAGGAAGAAAAAUGCCGUACAUCGUGUACCACGAGAACGCCGCCCUGCACGCCGCCGACCUCGAGCACACCCGCCGUCGCAUCGAGCGGCCUCCGAUGGCGCCCCACACCAUCCGCCGGACGGGAGACAUCGGCCCCGGGACGCUCUUCGGCACCGUCGGCAACUACGGCAACCCGGAGAGCGGCUACACAGUCGUGAACAAAAAUGAGGUGAACUACGUGGUGCCGCCCUUCACGCCCGGCGGCCGCGUCAACGUCGCCUUCCAGUUCUGGAUCCCCAUCAGCAUCGGCGGCUUCUUCGUGACGGGGCGAGACCUGGAGGAGGCCUUGCGCUCAAACAACCCGACGGCGUACAUAUCCUCCCUCUUCCUGAAACACCUCUCUGAGAAUUCAACCAUCGGGGAACUUCUGGGCGAUGUGGGAAGCCCCGUGGUGGAGCAAGGCGUCCAGAAGUUCUUGGACUGGGUCAUGCCGUACCUCGGAUACUUCACGGGGAGCGACGUCAACGAGGUCAAUACGUACUCGCUCCCCAAGUCCCGGAGCAAGAGGGAUGCCGCAGACGACGACGGCUGGACCACUAUCGGAGGGCCUGUGAGCGGGGGGGAGCAGGUGAGGCCUACGGCAACGCUGAUAACGUCGUCGUCGAGACCCACGAACAACGACCGGCUCUUGUGGGGCAACGACCAUGUCCUCUCGCAUAAUAAUAUUCACGACAGCGCUACAAAGAGGCCAGGUCUUGAUCUCAUCAAACCCAUUGACGUCCCUGAAGAGCGUCCUCGGCCCUCGUUCUCCUCAAGGCCCAUCUUUUUUUCUCGUCCCUCAACAUCUUCAUAUCCUUCAUCGUUAUAUCCUUCAUCAACAUCAUCAUCAUCAUCAUCAUAUCCUUCUUCAUCAUCUUCAUCAUCUAGCUAUCCUUCCUCCUCUUCGCAAGACAUCACACCUCCCUUCCACCUGACAUCCUUCGAUGAAGUUCCAUCUGGAGCGACAGAUGUCAAACGUCUGGACGUGUCAAUGCGUCUCUCCCGCCUUGACUACUUUUUCAACAACCUUCACCUGGACCGCGAGGACUGUCGGCGCCGAGUCCUGUGUGAAGUGUCCCGCGACCCAGAAACCUUCGCUCCACUGUCGGACCUGAUCGGUAGUGAAACUAGGAUCUCAGGCAACAUCUGGGAGCUGAGCCAACAGUUGCGACAUACAGCUGAGGGCGGGAGGCUCCUGUCCUACAUCGAGGCCGUGCGAGAAGGAAAGGACAGGUCAGAGCAAUGUGAUGGUUACCGAUACCAAUGCGAUAUGAAGGCUCGUGAAGUGAUAAAUACAGACAUACUCCCAAUAUGGCGCGAAAUAGUCCGUUGGCUCACGGUGAAGGUCCUUACCCAAGAAUUGUAAAUAUCCAUAUUCAUGAAUAAUUAUGAUUUCCUGAAGUGAAUAUUUGACCUUUAAUCUUCCAAAACAUUAGCAUGUCUUCAUGACUUCCUUUUAGUGCCUCUCCUGUGUAUAUGUAAUUUUAUAUAUGACCAUGCCAUUCCUCUUAGUGUCUGAAGGUAAAACAUUGAAUGUGGAAGAUUUUAUUCUGAAUGCCGUCUUAAAUAUUUAUGAGUGAUAAAAAAAAAAUGUUUUUCUCCAUGUGGCUGCAGUUAUGAUUCUGUAUUUGGUACAUUUUUGAGUUUGUGUGCAUGACUUUUUCAGUGUGCGUGUCUUUAGGGUACUUUUGAAAUUAGCCAAUAGUUCUUAAACCAUGUUUGUUCUUUAUAAACAUGAAUAAAAGUACAUUAUAUUCAUGUAAUAUGCCAUAUUUGAUUGUAUAUUUUGUUAUUGUUGCGUUAUUGUUAUAUUGACGUAGUUAUUACAGUUGCAUUUGUUAUAUUUCUUCAGAAGGGAGAUAUCACUGCAUUGCAGAAAAUGUUUUCUUUUGUAAAUGCUUUGAAUAUAUAGGCAUUAACUUUUUACUUAAUGUGUAGAUGUAUCAGCACUAGUCACUUAUUUUAGACCAAUAUAUCACCUUUUGCCUUUUGUAAGAAAGCUUGU